AUGUUUUUGACUGCCGUUUUGGUUCUCUUCGGAAGUUUGCCAGCGGGACAUCAGGACCCGGCCGCCUUGCGUGCAGGUCCAAUCAGCUCGGCCGUGGCUGUGGCAGCGGUGACCCCGGUCGGUGCAGUCACGCUGUUGAUCUUAGUGGCGUCCGCCAUCUUCGGUGCCGUGCAUCGCGCAGAAACCUGGGGACAGGUCUUGGAUUUCCGAGACGUGAGGCACUCCAACCUCGGGGGCCGCGGCCCCGACGAGGGCACCCCGGAGCUGGUGUACGCAGACGUCGCCUCAGCUGCGGCAGGCAAAGUCGAUCUGGUCGUGCAGGCCAGCCGUGACUACCGAGCGCACUCGACCCGAGACAAUGGCGUCGAGGGUCACCUGGGCCGCAUCAGCCUCCGGCCCUCGGAGGAGGCCCACUUCAACUUCAGCUUCAGACACUCUGAAGACCGCGUGCCCAUGCAGAGGUUCUUUUUCACUGUUUAUCUAUCUUCUGCCGGAGAGCGCGUUCGCGUCUCCGGCUUCACCCGGCUCUGCUGGGAUCUAGAUGCGAAGUUCGAGCGCCAAAGUCGGCACAGCGGACAAGACGUCCUGCUGGAAGCCCCUCCAGACAUGGAGCCGCUAAUGCCCGGUGACCUCGAAGGUCUCACGGAAAGAAGGCACGCAGCGACCUUCUUCUUCGAGUCUGCCGACCUUUUCAACGUGUCGGUCUUCACCGAAGGUGACGGCCAGGCAAGCGUGGACUUCCUCUUCUCGGGUCAGAACGUGGUAGCUGACUUGUGCGAGGAUGCGGAUUCGGGAACGGGCUUGGGGACGUAUGUUGGUGCAUGGCUCUGUCCCGAGCUCGCCUUUGUGAUCAAGCAGUCGCCCACGCAGCUCCUGUCUCCAGCCAUGGCCUUGCCAAUGAGGACUGCCAUGAAGAAGGCAAUGAAGGGAAGCGCCAUGAAGGCCAAGGCUAUGAAGAAGCCCAUGAAGGCCAUGAAAAAGAAGACCGUGUCAAAGAUUGCAACGGGCAAGCGUGCCAAGUCUGUCGUCUUCCGCGGCAACAAGGAGAAGACCACUGGCGGCCUGCAGAAGAGCAACCUGAUGCUGAACAAGCGUGGCAAGGUCGUCAGCAAGAAGAUGCACGCCAAGGGGAAGUCAAUCCAGAAGUUUGUGCAGAACUGGCUCAACGCAGUCAUGACGGCCAGAAAGGAGCUGGGAAUCAAGGGCUUCUGUGCGGUCGGCGGCAAGAGCGCCCAGGGGAAGGCGCUCUAUGCCAAGGCCAAGGCGAUUUAUGCAGCGUGA